AGCUUACGCCUUGCUUAAUCUCUUCUUCCCCUUCUUCUUCUCUUCACUUCUUCAUCUGUGAUCCUUCAGUUUUAUCAAUCCGCACUCGUUCCCCCCUUCGACUGUCGCGCCUCCUACCUACCUUCUCUCCUCUCCUCUCCUCUCCGCUCCUCCCCGUCUUCACGGUUAUAUUAUAAUUCGCUCCCGAUCCCUCCCGAAUCAACACGUUGAACCUCCUGCUCUAUUCUCACCAUCCCACCCCCUGUCAUCGCCCAUUCCCGCCAUCUUCAUCCCAGAUCCUGUUAGAACUACACCUAUAGUCCUCCUCCCGUUCGACCUGCGAAAGCGAUCUCGACUCCAGAUUCACUUCUGCAGAUGCCCUGCGCAGUCGAAUCAUCAUGCCCGGCAUACUCCCUAUGAAAGUCAUCAAGGUCGGCAACGGCACCCAGAGUCGCAUCGCCCAGGCCUGUGACCGAUGCAGGAGCAAGAAGAUCCGCUGCGACGGCAUCCGACCGAGCUGCUCGCAGUGUGCUAGUGUGGGUUUCGAGUGCAAGACCAGCGACAAGCUCAGCCGCAGAGCUUUCCCUAGAGGGUACACAGAGUCGCUGGAGGAACGGGUGCGCGCCCUGGAGGCGGAAGUGAGAGAGCUAAAGAGCCUGUUGGACGAGAAGGAUGAGAAGAUCGAUGUUCUGUCCCGCAUACGCUCCUUUUCACCCCCUUCGCAGAAACUACCGUCCCCGCCCGCGUCGCAGACACGCGCCUCACCUCCGCAGCCCAAACCUUCUGUCCCUAGUAUUUCCGGUGAAGAUGUGAUUCAGGUUCAACAAGACUUUUCCCAGUCGUCCAAGCCGACUCCUGAUGCUCCCUAUACGGGCCUUUCGAGCACGCGUGGCUUCGCAGACUCUCUGACACGCAGACUUGCGGGUGAAGCGAAACUCUCGUCACAAUUGUCAACUCGAACCUUAACGGCAUUACCUCCACCCCUUUCCCAUAUACAGGCCAACCCAGAGGCUAAGACGCCUCCUCGCAUCGUGUCCGAUCAGCUCAUCAACAUCUUCUUCCAGGAAUGGGCCCCUAUGUAUCCUGUCGUCCAUCGUCCUACUAUCCUAAAGGCUUAUGAACAAUAUCUCGGAAUGUCAGGGACGUUGCCGGAGAAUUCACAUAUCAUGACACAGUUGAAUCUGAUUUUUGGGGUGGCUGCGCUUUCUUCGACGUCGAGAACCAGUCAAGACCCCACUUUCUUCGAGGGCAACUGGUUUCCUGCUCUAGAGGCACUUUCGAGCAACAUCUCCAUCCCGACAAUGCAAUGCCUUGUCCUUGCCCAGGUCUACUGCAUGGCAAAGGGCGACUACAGAAGCCUCGUGCGCUAUCGCAGUCUUGCGGUCGGUCUUUGCCAUCAGCUCGGCCUUCACCAAGAUCAAAAGCGGUUCUCUCUGGACCCACUUGCUACAGAAACACGGAAGAAAGUCUUCUGGUGUCAAUACGUUCUUGAUCGUUUCGCUUCUGCUUUGACAGGCUUGCCCAUUUUGCUGCGCGAGGAAGACAUCCGCACCGAAUACCCGGUGGAUGUCGAUGAUGAAAAUGUCACCGAAUCAGGCUUCCUGCCUACACUUCCCGGCGAGUCAACUCGACUAUCAAGCGCCAUUGCAUUAUUUGGGGCCUCGAGGAUACUGGGAAAGGCCUUGGAAGAGCUCUAUCACUCGGAGCAGAAUUAUGAGAUCGUCGUCUCGAAGUUGCGCUCUAUUUCGGAUCAGCUAGAUGAGUGGCAGCGCAGCUUGCCCUCUCAUCUGAGACUCGAGUUUGUACAGGAUAAACCGAGCACGAAUGUAACAAGCAGUCGGUCCUUACUUCUGUCUCUCGCUUAUUAUUUCAUUCGUUCAUUGAUUCACCGUCCUGCUGUCUGCUUUGGCAGCAAGAACAUCAAACCCCCGUCCAUGCUUGCGUUGUCUAGUUCCAGCAAACAUAUCGUUCAGAUUAUGCAGCUGCUGGAUGAAAGGCGGCUAUGCCUCUCUCUCAGCUUCAACCGGAAAGAACUUGUUUUCCUAUCUGGUCUGGCUCUUCUGUGGCAGAAUGUCGACGUUAAGCGCGAAAGCAAGAUCGCACAGGAGAGCCAGAGACUACUCAAGGCCGUUGUCGACCUGCUGAAGACAGAGUCAAUGCCUGCUGCUGCUGAAUUCAGUGUACUUGCCAAUGCCCUCAUGUCCUGGGAUGGUGGGAAACGAGUGACAGCCAAAUUAGGCCAGGCUCAUGAGCUGUUAGCUCCACCGCAGAAGUUCUCCCCGGAGUCCCCCAAUACGCAGCUGCAGGCAUGGAAAGCCCGGAUGUCAACAAGCGCUGGUUCUGGCCAAGCUUUAAAACACGAAGCACCGUCACGCAGAGCCACGGUGUCUGGCGGCAGCCCUCCCUACGAUGCAAAUGUUCUGAAAUCCCCGAAUCGGGCGAAUCUCAGUCUCACACAGCAGGGGCACCUCUCCACUUCCGAUUUGAAGGUAGACAGGAGCCACUCGCUUGGCAAUUCUCCCGGCAACCGUUCCGAGCCUGGCCUGCUACUGCCAGGAAACCUGGAUCCGGGGCCCGGACCCCUCACUACUAGCGAUUGGGAGUAUGUAGUUUCCGACAUGGACCGGGGUUUCUCGAAUAUUUUCAAUGGGAUCUACGGCGGAAAGGAAUGUGGCGAUGAUGGCGGCCCGUUUACGUCUCUGAAGACCGAGUACGAGAUGAAGCGCCCCGAUGUUCCUCUACCGUUACUUCCGCAGCACCCUGAUCUCCAGGGUAUGACUCCUGAUCCAUGGUCCGGCAGUACCAGCGAUCUGCACACCGACCGAGGACCCCAGAGUGUUUUUAGUUAUUCGGAAGAGAGCAUGGCGAGUGUCGACGACGGAGCACCUAUAGGUGAUGCUGUGGUCCCGUUUCGAGGCAUCAUAAUGCCGGCUACCGACGAUAACUUGGGUGGUUAUGGAUUGAGCAAUGGAUGGAGACGGCUGGCCGUCUGAAUUUCUGGUAUAUAUUUGCGUAUAUUUUUAAUGCCUUCGUUUCUUUUUUCAUCUGGUGCAAUGGGGGCUUUCAUUCUGUGGGUAUCGGCUGGGGGCGAAUGGGUAUAUGCUAUAUUCUGGUAUAUAAUUUCAUAUGUUGCUGUCAAUGAAUUUAUUCCUGGAUACUCUAGGAUUCUGGUAUUCUGGUUUUUUCUAAUUGCCAUGGAUGGCUGCUGAAGUGGAUUAUCAUGGGAUUUAGAGCAAUGGUACUAUGGAUGAAGAGUAUCCGUUUGUUCUUCUGUUCUUCCAGUUUUCACGACACCCAUACAUUCAGACUUAUGUAUGCUUUUUAUUGGUAUUAUUUGUUAUUUGUCUUUUCUUUCUCCCUUUCCUACCUCUUCACCUUCUCUACUUUUAUCUUCUUCUGUGGAAUCUACUGAGCUGAAAAUAUUGUCAUGACAUGAAUGAACUAACCGAUUCGAUAUCAACAUAUAUCUAUAUCUGGAUCUUAACUAUAUAUAUUCUUGGCCUACCCUUUAGCAAGCAAUAUGUAUACGCUGUACGGAGCGUUCC